UAGUGUGCGCCGUGUGCUGAACCCGGUGGAGGAAGUUCCAACCUUUAUUCAUCACCAUCACGAUGUUCAAAAAGUUUACGCCAUCCACAGAUAUCGCAGGCCAAACGCCACCCAAGUCUUCUGUACAACGAUCGAUAAGGGCUGCUGUGCUUCAGCAGUGGAAGAUCGGACUAGAAACACUCGAAGAGAUCUGGCCCAAGAAGGAGACAUUAAUCCACGUAAAAUGCAGAGAACACAUCUCAAUAUACUCCGUCCAAAAUGUACCCCUCUUUUUCCAGCAUUUUGAUGGGCCGUUCUACCCCACCCUUCGAUUACUUCACCAGUAUCCGUUCAUUCUACCUAAAGUUGGCGUUGACAGGGGAGCAAUUCGCUUUCUGCUGGCAGGUGCUCCCAUGAUGUGUCCCGGAUUAACUUCAGCUGGAGGUUACCUUCCUCCGUCUGAGGAAGCAUUACCAAAAGGUACCGCUGUUGCUGUACAUGCUGAGGGAAAAGAGCAUGCUGUUGGAAUCGGAAUCACCGCGCUUGGGACGGAGGAUAUGCGAAAACUGAACAAAGAUGUAGCUGUCGAGAUUGUCACACAUCUGGGAGAUGACUUAUGGGCCUUGCAAACUCUGUAGUUUCCACGUGCCUUUUUGGGUGCUUCCAUUGUAACAGAUCAAUAUGCAACCUUAUCUAUAAGUGACUAUGUGGUAUCUUAACAGUUACUAGCACACUUGUAGUCGAUACUAGCGAUUUCCGGGUUCCGUACAAG